CUCACACAGUCAGACUUGAUAAAGAGAUCAUCAAGCCCAAAGUGAAAUAUUGGACCUUAGUUAUCCAAAAACGAUAUCUUGGGCUGUUCGUAGAAUACCAAUCCAUUUCAGUUGACCUGAGAGAGACAAAGAAAGAUCAAAGAAAGAUCAAAGUCGUUUCAUUUCUAAUGGUGUGCGUCUUUUAUGGUCUCUGGUUUUCCCUUUAUUCCUCUUCCUUGUCUCCAUCUUUUCUCAGCUGACUUUUCAGGUGAAGAUCUCGUUGACCCAUCGCCGGAAGUUUCAUCUGGUUUCCGGCGACCCCAUCCUUCGAUCCUCUUUCUUUCCUUCAGGUUACCAUGAACCCUGAAUAUGACUAUCUGUUCAAGCUUCUGCUUAUUGGAGAUUCUGGUGUUGGAAAAUCUUGUCUUCUUUUAAGAUUUGCUGAUGAUUCGUACAUAGAAAGUUACAUAAGCACCAUUGGGGUUGAUUUUAAAAUACGCACUGUGGAGCAGGACGGGAAGACCAUUAAACUUCAAAUUUGGGAUACUGCUGGACAAGAACGAUUUAGGACAAUCACUAGCAGCUACUACCGUGGGGCUCAUGGCAUAAUCAUUGUUUAUGAUGUCACAGACCAAGAAAGCUUCAAUAAUGUCAAGCAGUGGCUGAAUGAAAUCGAUCGCUAUGCUAGCGAUAAUGUUAACAAGCUGCUGGUUGGAAACAAGUGUGAUCUUACCGCAAAUAAAGUUGUGUCGUAUGAGGCUGCCAAGGCAUUCGCGGAUGAAGUUGGCAUACCUUUUAUGGAAACCAGUGCAAAAGAUUCCAUGAACGUCGAGCAGGCUUUCAUGGCCAUGGCUGCUUCCAUCAAGGAUAGAAUGGCAAGCCAACCGGCCAUGAACAAUGCAAGGCCUCUGACAGUACAGAUCCGAGGAGAGCCUGUUGCUCAAAAGAGUGGCUGCUGCUCUUCCUAAAAAUUCAACGAUGUAUUAGGAAGCUCUCUUUCUUCUGCAGUAUGCUGCCUCUCGUGGCCUGCCUGUAAGAUUACAUGUUUCUCGUCAAUGGCAAAUUUAUUUGUUCUGGUUCAUUUCUACACACUUGUUCAUGUGAAAGGCUUGUAUGAUGUAUGAUUGUUGAUUCAAUAAUAAUGUUCUUUGCUUUCU